AUGGAUAUAAUAAUCAUUGAUGGCGACUGUAAAGGUGAAGUUCUGUUGCUUAUAGGUUUCUACUGCCCUUUGGGAAGCUUCACGCCAGUCCCCUGUCCAAAGGGAACCUAUGGGCCCUCUGCUGGUGCUGUGUCUAUAGACAGCUGUAUGAAGUGUCCUCCUCAGCACUACUGUCCUCAACCGGGCCUUUCUACCUCUGUGCCCUGCGGUCCCCAGGCUCAGCAGCCUCUCCCUGGUCAGGAAACAUGCAUGUGCCUGGGGGAGGGACAGAGUUUCCAGACCAGCGAUGGGCGGUGCCAAUGUGUCCUCGGCUACCAACCUGCCAGUUCUGGAGGUGCAUGUCUACAGAAACAGUUUGAUGUCUGCAGAAACGGACAAAAGCGCACACAGUAUGGAGACUGUCUGGAUAGACAUCAGUGGUCUCUUUACUGCAGGCAGCAGGUGUGUCAAUCUGCAGAGGACUACAGGGGAUAUGAUGGAGAGCUUGGCCUGUGUUUCUGUAGAGAGCCUCCCGGAAGAGCUGCAUGUGAAGGGCUAUGCAUGAACAAGCCAUCUACUCACCUGCAGCUUCAGUGCAGCUCCAGUGGAGAAAUGGAGGUGGUGAUGAGUGAUGACAGUCAGGCGUUGGCUGUCUCAAGAGACUUAUUGAAGAUGCUUUUUAAACACUCCCAGGGGAAUCUUCAGUGCAACAGCCACCUUAACUCCUCACAUCCCGUCUAUAUUGUUCAGAUGACAGAGGAUGGGUUUGUGGGCUUGAUCAGCGGCUACCCAAAGGAGCUUCAGAAACUGUUUCCUGACACAAAAAGCUCAGCUGAAAGUUACUCUACCAUUAUCUGGGAUAUCAAUGAAGUUGGAAAUCAUGGCAGAGAAAACAACUCAAGCAGCAGGAAAGGAACCAUGGGGGAUACCAAGGAAGCAAGAGAAACAAAUGUAGAUGGAGUUCUGAACCCCACUACCUGUCUCCAUCUGAAUGACAUACUGCUGUUUACAGUGGACACACGCCACUAUCCUCAGUAUGAUUUUGACAACUUGUACAACACAAACAGUGACUUUGACUGGGGAGCGUUCAGACAGCUAGAAGAAGAGCUGACUCUGUCCUGGACACCACCAAACUUCUUCUCAGUGGUCUUCAGCCAGCCUGGAGUUUAUGUUUUUACACUGAGCAGCCAUCAGCAUAAGCACAUGUACGUGCGGGUGAUACCUGCAGGGGGCCAGUGCUAUGAGUCCGGCCCGUUCUUCCCCAGCCUCCCUCGUCACGUGACCAGGAUGGGAAUCAGCAGGAGACGCAACCUGCUCCUAAGGCCUGACUGGCUGGUGACAGGAGGACUGCUGUUUGGAGCUGUGGUCAUUCUCUGCAUAUGUGUUACUCUUCUGAUACUGUUGCGAGAAUAUGGAUGGCCUGAGAAAGAGCCAAUCAGAGCGCAGUAUCGCAUGCUGCAGUCGGCCUAUCACAUGGACGACUACUCAUCCAAAGGCUCAAGGGUGGUCUCAGUCAGGAAGAUCCACCGAAACCAACAAGCCAGGAUGACACAAGACACCAUUCAACCAGUACACCUAGACACUGUGGACGAGUUCUGGGAUUAUGAACAUCAGGUGGAUCUGGAGGCGUUCAGCAGCAACACCUUUUACAGUCUCCUACUCAAACAGAGUUUAUCUGUAACCACACGGCUGGGACAGCUUACCACUGAGGUCAGGGAGCUGUACCAGGGCGUACUAGGGAAGCUGCAGCUGCUUUACCCACACUUUGAGACCGAAGAAAGGAUGGGAGAGGGUCAUGAGAGGAUACGGAGGGAGGUGGAGAGGGAGGUGGUACGACGAAAGACCCUAGCCUCACAGCUGACAACUCUGAUUGACAGUCAGCUGCAGGUUUUGAGGCGUGAGCAGGGGGCCCAGCAGAGGGUCUACAGCGCAUUCACAGCUCAUCUCAGAGAGUGCACAAGAUUACUGUCCAAGAUUUAUAACAGCACCCAGCCACCCACUGAGCUUCAGCAGCAGAAUUUGAUCCAGAGACUAACAUCUCUAGUGGAUGAGAUGGGAGAGCUGUUGUCAGCUGAGUGUCAGCGUCAGGGGGCCUGGGGACUGUUGGGUGAGGGUACAGGGGCCAAGCUGCUCUGUCCUGACACUGGAACUGUUCUGACCAAGAACCAAAUCUUUGGUACUGAUGGGUCCCUUCGUGCCUCUCAGGUCCUUUAUUUUGAUUCGGUCACCGGCCUCAUCAGGCCAAAUGCUCACAGCCACAUGCUGCUGAGCAGUGGCCACACCAUCCCUGUACCGCCUAAUUACUUUCUCCACCCAGAGACCUGCAGGGUGAUGCCUAUAGCUGGCAAUGUGGCGUAUGACCCUGCAAGCUCCACUUUAGUAAUCACCACUGACUCAUGUACUGGAGACAACAAGAAGUGGGACAGUCCCCUCCUUCUUUUCAUCCCUUACCCAACCUCCCGACACGCUGACCAGCCUCUGCCCAGCACUCGGCUCAGAGGACUCAAACCAGGCCAGAGACUGCAGCUGGGUUGCCCAUCCUGGCAGUGA